AUGGCUGUUUUAUGGCUGACCCAGUCUGCGAUUGUUACUCUUAACAUCCUUUUGGGAAUCCUGUUUGUCCUGGCAAACAAAGACUUUUGUGGAAGCGUUUUUGAAACUCGAGUCGACCAUGCCUUGGUAGGUCAUGCUAUCCAGACCACUGAUGUUGUGGACGAGUUUGAAUGCCAGUUAAAAUGUAUAGAAAAUAACGGCUGUAAGUCGAUCAAUGUUCAUCGCGGUGACAGCAAUGGAAAACGUAGCUGUGAGUUGAAUAAUAAAACACGGCAGAUGAAGCCAGGUCAUUUUAAAAAGAAGAAAGGAUCUUCAUACUAUAGCUCUGUUCAGGCCUCCUGCAUGGAUGUUUCUUGCGGGCGAAAACAAACAACGAAAAGCGGCCAGUGUCAUCCAGCAUGA